AUGGCAGAUUAUUAUGAAAUUUUGGGCGUUUCUAAAACCGCCUCCACUCAAGAAAUUCGUUCAGCCUAUAAGAAACUUGCUUUGAAAUACCACCCAGACAGAGCACCAGAAGACAAAAAACAAGAAUACGAAGAAAAGUUCAAAGAUAUUGCUCACGCAUAUGAAGUACUAACUGACGAACAAAAGAGAAAAAUUUAUGAUCAAUACGGAGAAGAAGGUUUGAAGGGCGGUGCAGGUGGUGGUUUCCACGAUGCUGCCGACAUCUUUAGCCACAUCUUCGGUGCCGAUGAAGGAUUUGGAGGUUUCUUUGGAGGUGGACGACGUCAAACCGGACCAAAGAAGGGUAAAACUAUUGCUCAUGAAAUUCAAGUUUCGCUAGAAGAUUUGUAUAAUGGAGCAACCAGAAAAAUUAGAGUUACACGAACCCGUAUUUGUACGCACUGUAAAGGAUCUGGUGCCACAAAGGAGGACGCCGUAAUCACUUGUAAAUCAUGUCAAGGAAAGGGAAAAAAGGUCAUUACAAAGAGCAUGGGGCCUGGUUUUGUUCAACAAUAUGUUACUCCUUGUGAAGUUUGCGAGGGUACCGGAAAGAGUAUCGAUAAGAAAUUCAUCUGUAAGGAAUGUCAAGGAAACAAAGUUACCAAUGAUGUCAAAGUUUUGGAAGUCCAUAUUGACCCUGGUAUGAAAGAGCAACAACAAAUCGUUUUUGAAGGAGAGGCCGACGAGAGACCUGAUGUCCUUCCCGGAGACAUUGUAUUUAUUGUUCAACAAAAACCUCACCCAUAUUUCACACGACAAGGAAAUAAUUUACAUAUGAAGAAGAAGAUCAACUUGUUGGAAGCCUUAACUGGUGUAGAAUUUUCUGUGAAACACUUGGACGGAAGAACACUUGUCGUCCGAUCGAAGAAAAAUCAAGUUAUCAAACCAGGAAUGGUUAUGCAAAUUACCAAAGAAGGGUUUCCCAAUCCAUAA